AUGUACUUCUUCCUGGACAACCUCUCUCUUCUGGACAUCACCUGUACAAUUGUGCCUCUGCUGCUGGCCAACCUGUUGGGACCAGACAAGUCCAUUACUUCCUCCAGAUGCAUCACACAGGUCUUUGUUUUCUGCUGGAUAAUUGCCAGUGAAUGUGCUCUGCUGGCAGUGAUGGCCAUUGAUGGCUAUGUGGCUGUCUGCCAGCCCCUCUACUAUACUCUCAUCAUGCAUGCCUGUGUGUGUGUGAAGAUGGCAGCAGUAUUCUGGUCCAGUGGGCUGAUGAACCUUCUGCUUCAGACCACACUCACUCUCAAGCUCCCUCCCUGUGCGAACAACACCCUGGACCACUUCUUCUGUGAGGUUCCUCACCUCAUCAAGUUGGCCUGUGGGGACACCACUGCUAAUGAGCUGGCCAUCAGUUUGAUGACCAUCCCAUAUAAAAUGAUGUCUUCCCUGCUGCUAGUCAUCUUCUACACCUUCAUUGCUGGAGCUAUACUGAAGCCACCUUCAGUUGAAGGCAGAGAGAAGGUAUUCAACACCUGCAGUUCCCACUUGCUGGCGGUCAUCAUGUACUUUGGGCCAGGCAUAUAA